GCUCUUUCCAGCGACUUCAGCAACGCAGGCAACUAACACUGCGCUGGCAUGUCUGCUCGUCUCGUCGGCGUGCUGAACAAGCCGCGAGGCCGAUUGUAACUACAUCAAGCUAACAUUCGUUCUCUCAAGAGUAAAUGGUGAUGAUAGACGGUGUAGACGUGGCCUAGACUGUUUACUUUGACGCUAAUCAGCUGUGCCUGCAAGAUGAUGAGUGUUGCGCUCUUCCGUCCAGCGUUGCUCUGCGCAUCACGGGUGUCUUCAGUAGCUCGAACAGCAGCUAGCAGCAGCAGCAGUAACAGUAGCAAUAGCAGCACCAGCACCACUAGUGACAGCCAGUCCAAGGCACAAGUGCGUUUCAUGAAUGGCUAUGAACGGACGGUUGCGGCAAUCUUCAAGGAAGUGCGCGAGACAAGGCAAAAGGCAGCCACAGGAGACUGGGAAGUGCCCAAGCUGUUCCUGGUGGAGCGUGUAAUGCCCUACUAUGGUGCACCACACUGGGAGAAAAACAUCCUCCAGCUGCUCAAACUAGCGCCGUCCAAGGAAGAUCGCAAGGCCCAUAUCUCUAGGCCGGUUGGCAGCCGAACCAUAGUGAAGAACACACCGUUCAUGUGCAAGAUGCUGUGGCAAGUGAAGCAUUUAGUGAAAGUUACCCCCAUCACAUUUCCAGACGGUGAACCCACAGAGGUGACCACAGGCACCCACCUGGGUCGCGACGGUGUCUUCCGCAAGGUGCCGCCCUUACAGGUUCAAGAACAACAGCUGCUCGAGCCAGCAACAUACUCAAAAAGAAAGUUUGCAACUCAAGAAAUCAGGAAGGUGCUGCACAGGAAUUGGAACUAUAAUUUGAGUUGAAUAAAGUGAGGUUAAGGAAUUAUAAUUAGUAUUUUGGUACUGUCCAGCCUAGAGACAUUUUGUAGUCAUCUCAAGCUAAUUCUGUUAGUGAAUUGUGACUACCGUGGAAAGUCAGGAAUAAAAAUGUUUUCGGUAUUCUACUGCAACCUUUUUUUUCUUCUAUUUUUCACAUACGACUACUGUCAUAGACAAAUGAUAUUUGAAGUGGUCAUUCUUCUGUUUAUACCAUUGCAACUUCACAUAGUGUCAACAUGACUUUGGUCAUGUUCAUUUGCAGUGCAGAUUUAUGGCUCACGCCAUCUUUGCUGACUGGGUAUCAAGCACUAGAAAUUUUAUUCUUGGGGUAUUGCUUUAAAGGAGACCUUAUGAGGCCCUUUGGAACUUUUGGCUAUACAUCACAAAUGGCAGGUUGCCAUCUGGAGAGUGUUCUGUAAUGAAUGUUUGUCUGAUAUAUUGAUCAUUUCACUAACUAGUACGUAUAAAUAAAUAUCGCAAUGAGCAUGCUGCCAGGAGGUGUGUGCUUUCACUGCAAGCUUGCGUUGAAAUUGCAGAGAACCGAAGCGCACUUCGCAUGCUGCUGCGGCCGCAUUUGCGAAUGAAGCACGCCGCUCAAACACAAAUAACUAACUAUUGUGACAUUUGUUAGUUCGCACGCGUCCCGUGUCUACUUGUGCAUUUGUUUUGUGCAUACUUUGUUGUGUUUGAGCACAACACCUUAAGUGUUGAGCUGUGACAGUUGUUAAUCCGUGUUCAUCUUGUGUUUGUUCUUUUCGUGCAUCCUUUCUGCUUGUGGAGCGUGCUGCAAGUUCCGAGCUGCAUGCUAUUCUUCGCAUUAUAUUAUAAUUUGUUGCCGUAGGAUUCAUUUCUUUGCCCUUGUGAUGAAACAGUGGAGAAUAAACACUCAGCUGCCCCUGUAAA